AUGGAGGAAUGUCAUUCAGCAACACCCGAAAAGCAUCUCCCGAAAACCAACACAUUCCUUCGACGUAGCCAUGGCCGCUGGAGUUCGCAGCCGUUCAUCCGACAUUAUAAUGAAGCAUCAAGUUUCGCGACGAUCCUGCACGUGAUAACCAAGAAAGCGCGUACCCUCUCAAUCGAUGGCAUUGCGGCAUGUCCAUCACUGAAGAAUCCGUGUUUGGAUGAUGAUCAUGGCUGUUAUAAUCUACGAAUUAUAAGAUUCGUUACAAGAUUCUGGAUCUGA